AUGCAGAAGAAAGAUAUUGAAAAUAUUUUGUGCGUUUCGUGCUUGUGUAUUGGGAGACGAUUGAAGAAAUUGAGUGAAAGUUUAAAUAAGUUUUACAUGGACGCUCUAUACGAAAUCCCGCUUUCCAAUGUAGUUUGCAUACAACCAGAAAUCUGCUGGGAGUGUGAAGCCCUACUUAAGAAAUGGCUAACAUUCCGUGAACAAGUUAAAGACUCAUAUAGGAUUCUACAGACCUACACUGUAGAGAAUUUACAAGAAUGCCUCUUGAGUGAUGUGUCCCGUCCACCAAGAUUAAAGGCACAAAAUUUAGAUUCAGUUAAUAUCUUGCCCUUUCAAGAAGUUAAAGUUGAAUAUGAGUCUGGUUUUUCAAAAAAGGACACAGAUAGUUGUCAAGUGUCAGACGCAGAUGAUGCGAAUUAUGAUGAAUUGCGGUCAGUCAUGUGUGAAAUCAAAAAUGAGUAUGAUGACGGAAAAGAUGAUCUAUCAUUGAAAUAUUGUGCUGAUAUAAAAGAUGAAGUGGAAAAAAACGAUCGCGUUAUAACUGUGGAAAAUGUCAAUAUUAUAAACAACAGCUCAAAUAACAAUACAGACAUGAUGAAGAACAGUAAAAGGAGGGUAAAUAGAGUUAAAGGAAAGAAAAAUAGAAGAGAAAGGGAUGAUUCCAAAAGUAGAUAUCAAUGCCAGAUCUGCAAGAAUGUCUUAACUAGUGACGAAGAAUUGACAGCACACUAUGAGAACCACAUACGCAGCUCUUCAGAUGGGAAGCAACUAAAGCCUCACUCAAAAAAACGGGUCCAAUGUACGGAGUGUGAAAAGACCUUCAGCCACCGAGCUGGUCUCAUGAACCAUCGGAUCACUGUCCACGAGGCACAGAACGAAUUUCCGUGUAAGGUCUGCAAAAAAGUGUUCAGAUGGAAAACUAGUUUGAAAAGACAUUUCGAGAAACACGCUGCUAACACCCAAACACCUGAAGCUUUCUGUUCGUCUUGCGGCAUCGGUUUCGGCAGUGUGGCCUCGCUACAGAGACACCUCAGGAACAGUUUGAAACACGUCACACCGGAUCAGCUCAAGUUUACUUGCGAGCACUGCAAACGUCGAUUCGCCGACAAAACCAAACUGAGAGACCACAUAGAAGGCAAACAUAUGCACAGGACCUACCAGUGUUAUAUAUGUGAUAAACCGUCCAAGAACCGCGUCGGUCUAGAACAACACAUACGAAAUGUCCACAAAGGGAGGCCGAACAACAAAAUGUGUCACCACUGCGGUAAAGGAUUUCCGACGAAAGUCCAACUCGAGUCCCAUAUAAGGACGCACACAGGCGAAAGACCAUUUAUAUGCGAGUAUUGCCCGACCACGUUCUCCCAACAGUCCAAUCUGUACAAGCAUCAUAGACAGGUCCAUCAAAGUAUAAGAAUGAAGAAAAAGAAACCGCCAUUGAAGAAAAGUGACGUCACAAUUGACAGUAACAUUGACGAACCAACAUUACCAAUAGCUGUCAUCCAAUACAUGGCUUUGCCAGAUAACAUGUUUGCUGUAUAA